UGCUUAAAAGGUAAGGUUUACCCCUUUUACGAAGAUGGCGCCGAAAGCUAAGAAGGAAGCCCCUGCCCCUCCCAAAGCCGAAGCCAAAGCAAAGGCUUUGAAGGCCAAGAAAGCGGUGCUGAAAGGCGUCCACAGUCACAAAAAAAAGAAGAUCCGCACAUCACCUACGUUCCGACGACCCAAGACUCUGCGUCUCCGAAGGCAGCCCAAAUACCCUCGGAAGAGCGCCCCCAGGAGAAACAAGCUUGAUCACUAUGCCAUCAUCAAGUUCCCCCUGACUACUGAGUCAGCCAAGAAGAAAAUAGAAGACAACAACACACUUGUGUUCAUUGUGGAUGUCAAGGCCAACAAGCACCAGAUCAAACAGGCUGUGAAGAAGCUCUAUGACAUUGAUGUAGCCAAGGUCAACACCUUAAUCAGGCCUGAUGGAGAGAAGAAGCCAUACGUUCGGCUGGCCCCUGACUAUGAUGCUUUGGAUGUUGCCAACAAAAUUGGGAUCAUCUAAACUGAGUCCAGCUGGCUAAAUCUAAAUACAGCU